AUGAGUCUGGAUCACGAUCCAAGUCAGCUGCCGCUGACUGGCAUCGUAUCUUCGAGGAUAGUAGGCAACGAUAAAGACGGGCUCCCUCCCACGCCAGCAGCCGAACUGGUCAAUUAUUUCCUUCGGUUUUCCCUGACCAUGGACGAGGCCUUUUCUUAUUUUAUUGACCACCGUUUCUUCAGUCUGCCCCAGCUCGAUGACCCAUGUUAUGCGCCCAGUAUCUCUCACGAGUGGCUAUCAGAAAUUAUAGACGCUUUUGUCAUUGCCGCGACAUCUGGCAAACUUAAUUCUGUGACUCGCGAGGAAGUUUUGGAGUAUCUGCAUCAGGACAAAACUCUUUUCGCUGUUUGCGCUAUUCUCGUUAUGAAGUGCAAACACGAGACAUUUUAUUGUCUCACACUCAUUCGUCCCAAAGAUCCAGCGUGGUCUCAAUGUUUCCGUAAAAUUCAGCAGAUAGAAGUUUUGAACAUGCCCAAGAGGGAGUUCCAUUUACAGCUCGAAGAUUUCCUUGACUUCCUCAUCGGCGGAGGUGACGUGAAGGCACUGGGAAGGGGUCCCUUCAGAGGAACUGAAUCCACCCCGUCGCAAGCGCACGCGCUGGUGGAAGAUGAUUCGGCAUUUGGGGCUUCAAAGCGAGUCGCGAAUGCCUUGUCCAUGUCGUAA